AUGCCGUGGUCUUUCGCCCUUCCGCAAGCUGUUUUCGCGUCACCGCUGUUCGCGGUCGGGACCCCCAUCCCCCCCGGCUGGCUCUUUGCGCCCGCAUGGACUAUCCUCUACGGAUUGAUGGGAUACGCUUCUCAUCACGCAACAACGGUUGCCCACGAGUCCCUCUCGUUGGCUGUGCGCGAUAGCAACGCGACCGCCCAGACCCUGUACACGACCCAGCUGGCGCUAAACUUCCUGUGGAUGCCGUUGUUCUUCGGGGUGGGGAGGCCGGCCGCGGCCCUCGGCGAUAUGGCUCUGCUCAUUGGCAACGUGAGCCUGCUUUUGGCUAACUGGUGGUCGGCGGAUCGCACGGCCUUCUGGUUGAUGACUCCAUAUUAUGCGUGGUUGGGAUAUGCCUGCUAUCUCAAUGCAGGCACUGGAUAUCUGAAUGGCUGGACACUUCCAGGGAAGAAGCGCUCGGAUUAA